UAAAACUACAAAUCCUGGCAAGGUAUCGUCUUUUGGUAGCCAUUCAAUAACGUUUAAAACAGUACAAUCACUAGGAACGUACUGUGAUGAAGCGGCCAUAUUGCCUGUGUUGACAGAUCGUCGCCAUUGCCAUGGCAACAAUACGACGAUUUAUUUACACAAGAAAGAUGGCGGCGACGAAGUCGACAACGUUUGGUAAAAUGCCGCAUAAAAAUGGUACUUUCAUCGGGAAUUUCAAGGCAGGAAACACUACAGAUGUCUCACCAGAUCUUCAUCUUAAAAUGUCCAAAAAGAUCGCACAGCUUACUAAGGUUGUUUAUGCUUUAAACACGAAAAACGACGAGCAAGACAGUAUCGUAGGGUACCUAAAGGAACGUCAUGAAAAUGAAAUGCAGGAAUUACUUAGGGAAACAAAAGGGAGAGUGAACGAACUUCAGCAGAGAAUUGAAAUAUAUGAACAGCAGAAGGCAGAUGUGCGCAAUUUAGAGCAGCGAUUUCGCGAAGAAAGCGAAAAAAGGUCGCUUGUUGUAAGGGAAUUUGAACAGUACAAGAUUUCUGUCAAAGAAAAAGAGGAGACUCUACGAACAGAGAGAGAAAUGAAGGCUAACGAGAACGUGAAACAACUUUUAGAAACAAAGAAUAGUUUUGAGAAGCAGCUAGAGGAUUUUAGAAAAACCCGAGAGCUUUUAGAGAAGGAUAAAGAUAAAGCAAUGGAAGAACUGGUUGGUAAACAUCACGAAGAGCUGGAAGAACUCAUGAAAGCACAUAGAGUGAGGUAUGAUGAGGUUGUUAAGGACAAAGAAAAACUAAAACAAGAUCUUGAAGCAAAAAUCAAAGAUCUUAGUAAUUCUCCGGAAGUUUUUCGUGCUGAACGCGAGAAGAUUGAACGAGAAUACAUCGCAAAGUUGGACAAACUUAAAACACUCUACGAGAGGGAAUUAGGCCAUGCUAAAGAAGCGACAAUAAAAGCUGAAGCAUCUGUUAAAACUUUUCAACAAAAGGAGAUUGAUUUGAGAAACUCAUGGAAGAAUCAAGAGAAACAAUAUAAAGAUAGAAUUUUAUCUUUGCGUAAAGAUCUUGAUUCUACAAAAGAUCAAAUUUUAGAGCUGGAAGGACAAUUAUCUGAUGUUUCAAAAGAGGCAGCACUGAAAGGGGAGGGUAGUAUGGAGAUGAAAGGAAAAUUGGAUGAAGCUGUAAAAAGUGUUAAUUCACUGACGAACGAAUUGAGACAGUCAAAAAAUGAAUUGCAAGUGUUGAUGAAACGUUCAGAAGGUUUAACUGAUGAACUAUCAAAUAAAACACGUUCUCAUCACAAACUAGAAGCAACAUGUUUGAAUCAAGAACAAUCAAUAAAUGAAUUGAAGAAACAGCUAGACUUAUCCAAAGACAAGUCUUCCAAGCUUGAGUCUGAUUUGAAAUUGCUUGAGAAUAAUAAGGAAAGUUUAGCUACAGAUUCUCAACAACAAUUGCGCAAACUGGAGAAGAAUGUUGAAGCCCUUGAGAAAGAGAAACAAGAUAUUAAAUUUAAAUAUAUCCAAGAAGUAGUUCUUACUAAAGAUGAAUCUGCCAAGAAGGAAAACAACUUGAAAUCCCAGCAUGAACAAGAACUGGUAAACUUAAAAAACAAAUAUGAACAAGCACUUGAAGAAUUUAAGAUGAGUUCAGAGACAUUGUUAAGUCAGCAAAAAGCACAGCUGGAUAUGCAGUCCCAACAAGAACAAGAAAAACUUAUGUUAGAAAAAGACGCUGUAAUUGAGGCAAAGAACAGCGAACUUCAAAAAGUUCAGAAAUUGUGUGAGGAAACAUAUAUUAAGGUAGAGGCACUUUCUGGUCAAAUACAUGAAAGUGAAAUUGGCCUUGGCUCAGCAUCGUCAAGAAUAUCACGUUUGAAUGAAAUUGUGAAACAAAAACAAACAGAAAUCAGUUCUUUGGAGGCGGAACUGGCAUCAUCGAAGACUUCAGUGGACAGUUUGAAGAACGAAAUUGAGGCGACCAAUAACUCUUUAGAAAAAGAAAGAAAAAACGCGAAACUUUCGCAUCAAAGGAAUUUGGAAGAACUGAGGAAGGAAUUAACUCAAGAAUGGAGCGAAAGAUUGAAAUCAGAGAACUCGUCGCUGCGAGCUUUGCUUAAUCAACAACACGAAGAUGGUCAACAUGCGGCAUUGAGACAACUCUCAGAGUUAAAGGAAGAGGAAAAGGAAGAGAUUCGAGUGAACUCAGAGAAAAAUAUGGCCAUUCUUCAGUCAAAGAUCUGUCAACUUGAACAAGAACUAAAGGAAACUUCAUCAAGACUUGUUUCAUCUGAGAGAACGUUCAGGGAAAGCGCGAGUCAACAGCGAAGGACAAUUGAAGAACAACGGUCCAGAGAAACCUUGGAAUACAACGAAAAACUAAAGAAUAUUGAAGAGAAAUAUCGAGACGAAAUUGCUCUUUUAAAAGAAAUCAAAGAACAAGAAUUAAAGGAAUUGGAAACUAAAUUAAAGAACACGCACGAUGAGGAGACUUUGUCACAACUCAAAGCGUCUCAACUGAGUUUAGAAGUUGUUAGAUCACAAGCUGAGAUUGAAAGCAAUAAGAAAAUGGCUGAAGAACGAGUGAAGUUUGAAAAAGAAAAGGACGUUCUUGAGGGUGAACUUUUACGACGACGGAGAGAAGAAAUUGGAAAGGUGAAGAAUGAUUUCGAGACACAGUUGAGUGUUUUGAAGUUGCAAGUUGAGAAAAGUGAUGAGUUACGUACGAAAGAGACGGACAGACAUGCAGCUCAAAUCGAAGAAUUGAGCAGUACCAUUCGUCAGAAUCAACUUCAAAUUAGUGAACUUGACCGAGAACUUUCUGAAAGUAAAAACCAAACGAAACAACUUCAUCGAGAAAUUGAAUUGAAAGGUCAAGAAAUUUUGAAUGUCAGACGAGAAGCGAAUAGUCACAUAAGGAAAAGUGAGGAAAAAUUAGCAAAAGCGCACCAAAAAGAAAUGGAUUCCCAAGUUGCUGAACAUCUGAGAGAAACACAAAAUAUGGUGAAUGAAUUUAACCGAGCUCAAGAACUGUUAAAAGACAAAGUCUCUGCUUUGCAACUCAUGCUCGAAGAAGCAGAAGCUCGCUUCAGAAAUCGACCAUCAAGAGAUGAGGACGUCGAGGUUCUGCAAAGUUUGAAAACAGCUUUAACUGAGAGAGACCUCGAACUCAAGAAGAUGCUGGAUGAAAAGAGGUAUUAUCAGUUGGAACUAUUAAACCGAGAGACAAAUUUCAAUAAAGUGUUCAAAUCUGCACCUAAUAUUGGCGUGAUCAACCCAUUACAACACAAGAAAAAACAAGGCAAAGAACAAUAUUCAGGCCAAGGAAGCACCAUGAUGCUGACGUCAUCAAGACUUGAGCCCAUGCCCGUCUCAAACCUCUCGGUCCACGAGAAGAAGCUGAACAAUACCAGUCCCCUGCCCCCCGCGCCACCCAAGAAAAUGAGCGCAACAAAAAGAACAACUGUGUACUAAACUGGAGUGAGAAACCACUCUUGAAUUAGCAGAAAUUUCGAGUGUAGAUAAUAAUGCGCGUGAGAUAACAUAACAUGUCUAUGUUUAUUCGACUAUCGCGGCUGAAAUAAAUUGUAGAUUUAUCUGUUUGCGAUUUAAUUAGACUUUGAUCUUUGUGAUCGCGUGUACACUUAUAGCAAGUCUAUUAAAACUCUUCGGACGAGCGUCUAAGAGGUGUGGUAAUACAGCUGAUUAUAACAGCAGGAAUAUUGUGAAUGAAGUUUUAAUUCAUCGGCAUCGGGACGUUUAAUUAAAAAUGACGCAAGGUAGCGCCCAUGUUUUGCCUUUUGCGUCAUGGUCGCUUGGUGAUCUUCAACACAAGAUGGUUCUCCACUCCAUAAUGCGUCGUAGAAAAAAUUUUUUUGCACUCUAGAUAUUCUUAACCUGUUCAGUAAACGAGAGAAUAGCUUAUGGUUUGCCAGUUUGGUGAGAUGGAUGAUCAUUUGUAUGCGAUUGAAGCAUUAAUCCUACUUGAGGUAAUUGCAGUGCGUUGAACGUAAUUUGAAGCAUGGGAGUGUUUUGAGAGAGAUCACGUAUCAUUAGAUCUCUAUAAAAGCGACUCGAUCUUGCUAUCACACCAAGCAUUUGGUACAAGCAAGAGUUCUAGGACGGUAAAGUUGAAGCAGUUGUACUAGGAAUUUAAAACAAAUACGAAUACAGAAAUGAGGAUUUUGGUAUAUAUUUGUGUUUACAUUGUUAUCCUAACUCAAUCGUUGCCUUCACUGGAAUGUCUUCCUAUAACGAAAUGCCUUGGGCAGGACGGAUGCGAUGAACUGAAAGAAAUUAGGACGAAUGCACCAACGCAAAUUACACCAACGACAACAAGUUAUUGGUCUUUUCCUAGAGCAAUUUGCCCACCUUUUUUCCCAGAUUUGAAAGAAACAUUUCUGGAAUUAGAGAGAAUGCUUUACGAGAAAACAAGACAAGGUUAUGAUGCUGCAAAAGAGCUCUUCAAUCCCAGACAGGACCCUGAAACACGCAGCGUUGAAAUGUCGACCAGCACUCAGCCAAGCGUGGAGAUACGAACGACCGUGUUGGCACCAACAACUGCAGACCUUGAUCAACCCUCACCGAGUGAAUUCCCUCAUUUACUAUCUUAGGAAUCGACGCAAAUCGACGCAAAUUACUUUUAAACCAAGUAAUGAAUUCAGACGAUUUUAGAUGUCAUAUUUUAUUAUUUAAUUGAUCAAUACCUAUAUACAUCGUUAUUAUCCAUCCAAAAGUGUACUGAGACAAAAUUGAAUAAAGAUGUGAUGAUGUGACGUGCAGUUUUUUCUGUCGAUUUUGUUAUUUAUGUAAUCACAGAGUUAUUGUAUUAA